AGAGCGACCUCCGCUGCCUUUUUUCCCUCGUCUUCUCCUCUCUUGUGCUCUCUCCUAUCCUAGGUUAGGAGGAGCUGCUUUUCAAAGGAGGGAGCAAAAGAGAAAGUACUUGCAUACCACAACAAGCCAACACGCUGCUUGCUGCCUGCUGCUGCCUUUCCCUCUCCUCCCUCUCUUGUUAUCUUCAGUGGAGCCAGAAGAGGUGGGGGGACGACCGAGACACCGGACAGGCCAAGAACCGGAGGAGGAAGGCGGCAGCUCGCUAGCCAGCCAUGUGGGAUCUCAAUGACUCGCCGGCCGCCGACGCGCCGCACGCGCCGCCGCUCUCCCCGUCCGUCGACGACUCCGGCGCCUCCUCAUCCUCCGCCGCCGCGGUCGUCGACAUACCCGACGACGGCGACGACGCCGCCGCCGUGGAAGAGCCCAUGUUCACCCGCCAGUUCUUCCCCCCGGCCGUCCCCGGCGACCCCGCCCCGGCCAACGGCCGCGCGGCCUGGCUCCGCCUCGCCGGCGCUCCCCCUCCCGCCGCGACCGCUGCUUCUGCGGCAGCACCCGGUGCCGGCACAGGACCCGGCGCUGCGGCGGCAUCAGCAGCGAACAAGAAGAGCCGGCGCGGGCCGAGGUCCCGCAGCUCGCAGUACCGCGGCGUCACCUUCUACCGCCGGACGGGCCGCUGGGAGUCGCACAUAUGGGAUUGUGGCAAGCAGGUCUAUUUGGGAGGAUUUGACACUGCUCAUGCGGCGGCCAGGGCGUACGAUCGGGCGGCGAUCAAGUUCCGCGGCAUGGAGGCCGACAUCAAUUUCAGCCUCGAGGACUACGAGGACAUCAAGCAGAUGGGCAAUCUGACCAAGGAGGAGUUCGUCCACGUGCUCCGGCGCCAGAGCACCGGCUUCCCGCGCGGCAGCUCCAAGUACAGGGGCGUCACCCUCCACAAGUGCGGCAGAUGGGAGGCAAGGAUGGGCCAGUUCCUCGGCAAGAAGUACGUCUACUUGGGCCUGUUCGAUACCGAGGAGGAAGCCGCCAGGUCCUACGACCGCGCUGCCAUCAAGUGCAACGGCAAGGACGCCGUCACAAACUUCGAUCCCAGCACUUAUGCAGAGGAGUUCGAGCUGCCCACGGCUGCUUCGACGGGCGACGACGGCGAGCAGAACCUGGACCUGUCGCUGGGGAGCUCGGCUGGCUCCAACAAACGCGGCAGCCUCGACGGCGACGACGACGGCACGGCGGGGUCCGACCAGCGCGUCCCCAUGGCGUUCGAGCUCGACUGGCAGACGGCGGCGCGGAGCACCAAGGCCAAGUUCGACCAAAACUUGACGCAUCACCAGAUGCCUCCUCCCGUCCUGCAGGCCUCCCACCUGCCGUUCAGCCCCAGGCAUCCCCAAUUCGCGAGCAACGGCGAUCCGGGGACAGCGGGAGGCCUGUCGCUGACGGUCGGUGGCGCGAGCGGCGGCGGCGGCGGGCACUGGCCGCCUCAGCAGUACCACCACCAGCAGCAGCAGCAACAGAGGCUGCACUACGGUGGCUGGGGCAACGGCGCGCCGCCCGGCACGAGCUGGCCGCCGCCGCCGCAACCGCACCUGCCGACGGCGCCACCGUCCAACGCUGCCGUCGCCGCCGCGGCAGCUGCAGCAUCAUCACGAUUCCCACCCUACGUCGCUACGCAAGCCCACAGCUGGCUGCAGAAGAACGGGUUCCACUCCCUCGCCAGACCCACCUAGGUAGCUACACUGCUAGCCAGAGGCGACGAUCAAGAACACCAUGGCGACCCACGAUUGAUCGUUCAGAGGUUUGUGUUCCAUUGAACAAACCGGUGAAAUCAGUUAAGCAAGAGGGGUUUAAUUAAUUUCCUCAGCCCCGCAACCGAUCAUCAACCAUCACCAGUACAAGACCAACUGAAUUACUGGAUGCUAUUCUUUUCAACAUUUCCUGUUUUCUUUCUUGCUCUGUUUUUCUUUUCUCGAUUGGGUGAGCGAGAUGGAUUUGAGCACGGAUGGGCAAUGUAAAUGAGGUAGAGAUUGGCAGCUAGCUAUGAUAGCUAGCUUUGAGAGUGUGUGUGUGGGUGUGAGUGUGUGUUUGGCGCCUUUCUUACCACCAUGGCCAACAGCGAUGGCCCGGGGUGUCCACAUCACAGCUCAUUUUGUUUGGUCUCAUGUUGCAUCACUCACUUCCAUGACGAGAUUGGUUCCGGAAAUUUGCUCCGUGCA